CAUGCCCGUCUGUCAGAGCACCUUUGAGAAGUCUUCUGCUGGAAAUUAACUUUCCCGGAACUAUGUCGCGACCCAGUCCUCCGGAGCCGGUCAGGAAACACUUUACGGCUUCUCUUUGGCACGUCUGACUUGCCAGCAUCACUACUCUUACACUUAGGGGCCACUAUUACGUAAAAUAAGGGUGACUUGAACAUAAGCACAGAAAUGCUGCAAUAGUCGAUCUGAUCACCAGAAAAGCUACUAAGUGAUUGAUGGGCAGGUGGCAUAUACAGCCUGAAAACCUGGACAAAGGAAUGAUUCACGCCCCCGCUGGGAUGGAGUUGGGCAGUGCAAGAUUUCAUCACUCUACUUGGAACAGCGCAGAAUUUGCAACACGAUUUGUUUAUUUUUUGGAAUAACUUAAUAUUUUUGGACAGAGUUUGACUGCAGAAACAGUUUGAUAGAUGAUGCGAAGGCCCGCUUAAAAAAGCAUGAUGUUGGGACCAAAUAUUCUCACUUGUCGUCUAAUAAAUAUUCCAUCCUUUUACCGUUGUUGGCUAAGGAAGGAAAACUUCAUCUGUUGUUCACCCUCCGGUCAGAGAAGCAUAACAUUUUCUUACGAGUAUUUAAAAUAGCCGUUAAAUCAGGUCUGUAUUUCUGUCACGCCCGAUGAGUCCCUCUGUCACCGAUACCUUGCUGCCGAAUGAUCUAACACUAUGGAGUCACUUUUCAGAGCUGCGCCGCUCACCUGGAGAGGUGUGCUUCCCGGGAGGAAAGUGCGAACCCGCCGACGUGGAUGACGUGGCCACCGCCCUCCGGGAGGCCCUGGAGGAAGUGGGGCUGCCUCCUCAGCAGGUGGAGGUCGUCUGCCGCCUGGUGCCCUAUCUUCUUGAUAAAAACACAUUUAUAACACCCGUUGUAGGGCUUAUAGACCACAACUUCCAGGCCCAGCCUAAUCCCGAUGAAGUGAAGAAGGUAUUCCUGGUGCCCCUGGAAUAUUUCCUGCACCCACGUGCCUACCACCAGAAUCACAUGACAGAAUCCGGUCAUCAUUUUAUUAUUCAUUGCUUUGAGUACACAAACCCAGAAGAUGGUGCGACUUACCACAUCAAAGGACUAACUGCAAAAUUUGCUUUGUUCGUUGCCUUAAUUAUUUUGGGGAAAAAACCUACCUUUGAGGUUGAAUUUAAUCUCAAUGAUCUAACAUCAUCCUCUGAAGAAGUCUUCCUGAAGCUUCAUAAACAUGCAACAAGCAAGUUAUGAUUUACGAGACCAACAUCCAAAUAACUAUCUAAGCAGCUCUGUGUGUGCUUAUCCUCAGAACAGCAAUAAUGCCAGCUGGUGGGAUUUGACAGGUGCGAAUAUUUGUCCUGCAAUAUGAAGGUAAAAACCUGGCCUUAUUUCCAAUUGCCCUCUGUUAUCUGAAAGAGUAAAAGUCUUGCAUAGUGUUGCAUAAUUUCACCCACAAUAUAAGAAAAUGUAUCUGGCACACAAU